AUGUUGGGUGACCCGUUGGACCAGAAGGACGUCACGUCUAUGUCACAGAAAAGGGACGAAGAUUCGGCGGCUGUUUUGGAAGAUCAACCGAACAUAUCAGAUCUGGACCUUACUUGGGACUCGGAUCGGGAUUACGACGAAUGUGUGUAUUACCACGAGGGCAGCGAUCUCUACGCUGAAGAUGUCGACGGACAACUAGCGGUACUGCCUGAAGUCCCAGCGACGACUGAGGAUGUGAGGAUCGAGGACAUCCAAUUGUGCGGAUCCGACAACCAGGCGCCCGAAGAUAUCGACCGAUUCCGCCAGCGGAUCUGGAAGUUUAGACAUCUCCUGAUCGGCAAAGGAAAUGCGCUCCCACCAGCGGCCCGAGGGGUUGUGUGCGAUAUUGAUGUGGGAGGAGCCCGGCCGAUCGCGCUCAAGUGCCGAAAGCUGCGGAUC